AUGCUGCGUGGCGUUCUCAAAACUCACUCCAAAUGGAAAUAUUGCACGAAAAGUUGCGUGAGGAGGCUUCACGUAGACGGUCCCCCGCAGCAGCCCAUUCUCCGAGAUAGUUACGUCCACGGCACGUCCUCAGUGUCGCUGCUGCCGCUCACCGUGAGCCAGGCCCUGGACUCGGUCUCUCUCCGCUGGCCCGAACGAGAGGCUGUGGUCUGUGUGGAGGACGGGGCGCGCAAAAACUUUCAACAGUUUAACCAAGAUGUGGACAGGUUGGCAGCAGGACUUCUUGCUCUCGGCCUAAAGCCAGGGGACCGCGUGGGAGUUUGGGGCCCGAACUCCUAUGAAUGGAUCCUAUCUCAGUUCGCCACCGCCAAGGCUGGGAUGAUACUGGUUUCUCUGAACCCAGCUUAUCAGAUGAAGGAGGUAGAGUGUACCCUAAAUAAGGUUCAAUGUAGGGCAGUCAUUUGUCCCUCUAGUUUCAAAACCCAAAAGUUCACUGAAAUCCUCAGAAACCUUUGUCCAGAAAUGGAUACAUCACCAAAAGGCCACAUCCAAAGCUCCAGACUUCCAGACCUGCGUACCGUGAUCGUGAUGGACAGUGUGGAGCCAGGGACGCUUCAUUUCCAGGACGCCAUGGAAGCGGGCGAGAGUCAACACCACAAAGAACUGAUGGAUCUGCAGAGAAAGCUCUCCUGUGACGAUCCCAUUAACAUCCAGUUCACUUCGGGAACAACGGGAAAUCCAAAAGGUGCCUGUCUGUCGCAUCAUAAUAUCGUAAACAAUGCCUACUUUUUGGGCCUUAGACUUGGUUAUGGAUGGAAGCCUGACGUGCGAGUGUGUGUUGCUGUCCCCUUGUACCACUGCUUCGGCUCUGUGCUGGCGGGGAUGUGCAUGGCGGUACAUGGCAUCACACUGGUCUUUCCCUCCAAAGGCUACAACAGUCAGGCCAACCUCAAGGCAAUUCAGAAUGAAAGGUGUAAUAUUAUUUACGGGACCCCCACAAUGCACACAGAUAUGCUCAACCAGAGAGAUCUACACACAUAUGACUUGUCUUCAAUUGAAGGAGGUCUCAUGGGAGGAGCCCCAUGUCCUCCUGAGAUUCUGAGGAAACUCAAAACUGACAUGAACAUGAAAGAAAUCUCUGUGGUUUAUGGAACGACAGAGAACAGCCCGGCCACCUUUGUAGGUUUCCCUCUGGACAAUGACGAGCUCAGGAUGAACACAGUGGGCUGCAUAAUGCCCCACACAGAGGCCAAAGUGGUGGACCCUGUCACUGGGUCCAUAGUUCCUGUUGGAGCCUCAGGAGAGCUGCUAAUCCGAGGAAGCUGCGUGAUGCUCGACUACUGGGAAGAUGAGGCUAAAACCAAAGAGGCCAUUGGUAAAGAUCGAUGGUACAGAACAGGAGACAUAGCCAGUUUGAACAGCAGGGGAUACUGUGCCAUAGAAGGACGGAUAAAAGAUCUCAUCAUCAGAGGAGGUGAAAACAUCUAUCCAGCAGAAGUAGAGCAGUUUUUAUUCACACAUCCAAAAGUCAAAGAGGUGCAGGUGGUAGGAGUGAGAGACGAGCGGCUGGGUGAGCAGGUGUGUGCAUGCAUCACCCUGAAAGACGGACAAAGCUGCACUCCAGAAGAGAUCCAGUCAUUCUGCAAAGGACAGAUCUCCCACUUUAAAAUCCCGUAUUAUGUGAUGUUUGUGGACAGUUUCCUACUGACAGCAUCGGGGAAGAUCAAGAAGAUGACGCUGAAGGAAAAUAUGGAGAAACAACUUGGCCUUCAAUGA